UCCUUCUUUGCCUUAUUCACAUCUGUUGCGCCAUCUUGCGCUGACGUUGGUGCUGGUUGACCUUCGUCUACCUUAUCUGUCGCAUGGCUCUUAUGUUUCCGUCGCUUUCUCUUCUCCGUCUUUUCGUCAGCGCCAUUUGUCUCGGCUGCUUCGAGUGUUUUAGUCUCUAUCCGAAUUGGAGCUUCCGGUUCUACGAUAGGCACACUGUUGCUGCUCUUCGACUUCUUGUGUUUUCGCUCGUUCUCAGUACCAUCAGCUUCCAGAUGUCGCUUGUGCUUCUUAUGAGAUUUAUGCUUCUUUUCGGAAGCCAGAGCCGAUGUCGAUGCUUGUUCAUCAGCCAUUCCGUAUCAGACGAACCAGGUCAAAUGGACCGCUAAAUUGGUGACUGUUUUAUGACUAUUACAGGUUCGUAGAUCAAGAAGAAGAAGAAAAGAAUAAUUCAAUUAACAAG